GAGAGCAGGGAGGAGAUAUUUGUCUUAAGGAGCAACUGUGAACACUGUUUCUCAGGUUGCACAACACCUGAUGUUGAUUUUGGAACUGUCACCUUCAGUACUAUGGUACAAAGCAGGUGAAGGAAGACAGUGAAGAGGUUUUAUGCUGGCACCAGCCCUCUGCUGUCAUAGCCAGCUAGAGAGACACCUCUGCAGAUACCAGUGACCUGGUGUAAUCUAGUCCUCAGAUGACUGGCAUCAGCAUCAUUUGAACAUCAACAGACUGGAUUAAGAAAUAAGAACACAAUCAACGAACCCGUAUUCAUCCAGUCUUGGUGAGAGAGGUAAACGUCAACCUUUGUGGGCCGCACUGGGUCUUUUCAUGACUGGACCUUGUUAGGUGAGUUGGUGAAAUCUAAAAGUGGAGGCACUUCUCAUGGAUUCCAACAUACCGGGGUCUUUUCUGUUCAACAACAGCCUGAACCAGUUCUCCUCGGACUUAAAGGCACCUGUGUGUCAGUACUCAGUGCCCAACUCCUACUACAAGCUAAACCCAGGCCUGAACAGCCAGCUGCAGGCAGCAGGCACACCCCACGGCAUCAGUGACAUCCUCAGCCGUUCCAUGAUGGGUGCUACGGGCACUACCACCCUGCUCUCUGGAUACCCUACCAUGGGGGGCUUUGGCACCGUGGCCACCCCGGGGGUCUACUACAACCGUGCAGACUACAACCCCUCACUGGGCGGCUUCACCAAGCCUGGCGCUGAGUGCCCCGUGAAGGGUCGCAGUGGCAGCUGCUGGGUAGAGAGUGGGUACGAGUGGAGAGGAGGGAGGCAGCAGUGCAAUAACAACAUUGGGCAUCUAGAGGAUAUUUCAGGCAGGAAGAAGCACACCAGACCUACAUUCAGUGGACAUCAGAUAUUUGCCCUGGAGAAAACCUUUGAGCGGACCAAGUACUUGGCCGGGCCAGAGAGAGCUAGACUGGCCUACUCCCUGGGCAUGACAGAGUCACAAGUCAAGGUAUGGUUCCAGAACCGCCGCACCAAGUGGAGGAAGAAGAGUGCCUCAGAGCCCAGCUCCACCCAGGCGAUGCGGGGUGAGCAGGGAGGGGAGGCCUCGGAGAACGAGGUGGAGGAUGAGGAGUACAACAAGCCUCUGGAUCCCGACUCGGACGACGAGAAGAUACGACUGCUGCUGCGCAAACACCGCCGGGCUUUCUCUGUACUCCGCCUUGGACCACAUCACGUCUGACACAUAAACACAAAAGCUGCCACGCACACAGACACACACGCACACAUCAGAUGUGCAUGUUGUAGCAAGGGGUAGCAUUAAACACAUUUUGUAGUACAGACACACAACUAAAUAUUCAAGCAUGUUCAAAAUAAGGCACAUUUAUAAUACAGUAAGUUUAAGGAGAAAAAAGGGUAACGGUUCACGUGAAGUGAUGCCUUGACGUACCAUAUUUGUAACCAUAAUGGAAACAGAGGGAAGAUGUUACCAUUAAAUGAUGGGUGAAACAGUUUAAAUUGAAAACAGAAUUCAUCAAUGCCUUUCAAUGAGGCAAAUGGUUAACUGUUAUGUAGGAAACCCAUCAUUACCUAUUAUCCUCAGCUGCACCAUGGUGGUUGCAUCAAAAAGGAAAUAGUUUCUCAUGUGUACAUACACAUUAUAGCAGACCAAAGCUAAAUAGAUAUGUAAACCAUGGAUAAUGCAGUUGACAGUACCUGUUUUAUUUGAGUAGAAUAAACACUUCAGGUCAAGGACUUUUUGUUUCAGUUCAUCAAAUUAAUUUGCUUGUUGUACUCUUAAUAUUGAAUGUCCAUUUGAACUUGUUUCAGUCAACUGCUGUACUAUGAACACAGAAUAUUUCUAUUAUUAACUCUGAUUCAUUUAAUUGAGAGCCUGGCGAUGCUGUUUUUGUUUUUUAACACUGGCGUUGAGGGUACACAUAUCAAGAUAAGUCUUGACCUUUUAUUUUGACUAAUGUGUUAGCUAAUGUCAUGCAGACAUGCAAGCUUUCAUGACAUUUGAGGGUUUCUGCGCAUCCAAAUUAAGUUGCAUAAGGAUAAUGUAAAUGAAUGAUGACAUUUUUAAUUGUACAAUAAAUUAUUGUGAAUUAUUUAUUGAAUACAAUGGUACAAUGAUUGUGUCAUGCCUUGGUUUUUCAGUAAUUGUUUUCAUAUAAAAGACAACAAUCCCCAAACAAACAACUUAUACUGUGCUGUAUCUGACAUCUAAACAGACAUUGAAGUCUAUAUCAGCAAUAGAGUUGUUAAUAGAUUAAAAGCGACAGUUUAGACAGAUGGUGGGUAGAAAGGCACAAUAAUUGAGUAGAAGUGAGGGGUCAAAGGCCAAUCCCAAGGUGAUCUAUGUAGUUACCAGGGUGCUGGAAUUGGACUGGCUGAACUGUUCUGUGUAGAAGACAAAGCCAUCAGACCCAUCCACGCCAUCACAAAAAUCAAUGCUACUAUUCUAUUUCAUUCACUAAUUGAAUAUCUCUCACCCCUGGCCCCUGCAGCUCAGUGCUGUUUGUCAUUAGGACAGAUGCUACGGAAGUGUGUGAGGGUGUGCCCAGCACCAGGGAAAAUAUGCAUUGUGCUGGUUGUACUGUUGAAACAAUUAUGCAAUUGUUGAUAGUAAAACAUCAACAAGAUGCUAGUCUCCCUAGGCAGACGGGUUGCCUCCCACAAUGUGAACAAUGCUCCAGGUCUGGGAUUUCUGAGGCUAACAAGACGCUAACGUCAAGAGUUAGGUCGCUCUACAGUUCAGGAUAGAGAUAUGUUAACAGCAACAGCAUACAGACUACAAACUUUGAGAAUAUAACCAUAUGAAUAUGCUAUACCAGAUACCUUUCUACUACUAAAAGUUCUAUACACAGGAGAGAAAAGGCAGGGAAACCCAUCUCUGAGAAAAGCUGAAGAGCAACAUUGAUAUCAGUCUUGGCAUGGUUGGGAAACAAAGCCUGUGCUGUAUCACUGAAUCUAGGAAACUCUCAGAACACUUCAGUUCUUGUGCAGCUUCGUAUGAAAGUGAAGAAAGAAAAAAAAAGAUUUCAAAGAGCCCAGUUCUGUGAAACUGCAAAAGCUCUUCAUAAAUGAGACUUGCAUAUUCAUGGAAUCUGCUUUACUUAAAUCUUUCAGCAUCUAGGCCAGGACAGGUAAUUUCCAUUGUUUUUAGUGCGCAUUUUACAUUUGCUGACUGCAGACUGUACUUUUUCUGCUGAUUAUUUUGCCUAGCACUUGAUAAAUCCAAGGCAACGGUAUUGGAUCAACAUUUGUCCUCCAAAAUGCAAUAAUUGUGAGGAUCGGAUUCAGAGCAACUCACAAUUUCAGUUGGCUUUUCCUUUCUGGAGUUUUAAAGGGUAUUGAUCGAAACAACUUGGCCAGUUCUGACCGUCUGAAACAGCCAGCCCAUUCCACCUUGAGAGGGCACGUUUAAUAUCCCAUCUACUUCAUACAAAGUCCUAUCAAUACGCAGCCUCACUUUCUCUCUCCAACCAAAGAGGCAAGUCUCAGGCUGGGCUGGAUUCUCAAACCAUAGAAUGGGAAAAAAUAACAUGGCCAUAAUAAGUUCAAGUUGAGUGUGUAAGGUCCAGAUGGACAUUUAGCAUGAGAAUAAUCAAAUAAAAGUUGACCUAUUUCAGCAUGACCUCUCCAAAACACCUUGCAGUGAUCUGUGUGUGUUCCACCCUGACAGCAAGUAUAACCCAUUGUAACCCAAUUGAUAGGAACUAUUUAAGGACACUCCACCACGAGCAUGGGAGAUUCCAGGCAUUCUCGUUUCAUGCAUUAGGCCUACAUUAAAGGAGUGGUACGUCGUCGGAGAUAUGUUACAAAUCAGCUGCAUCCAGUGUUGUCGAUAAGCAUUGGAGUGAAACCAUACAUAAAGAGCUUUAUUUGAAAUCACAUGGCAAUGGUUGUGUUAUGCAGAGCACUGGUGUGACUGAAAGAGAAAGCCCAAUAGUGAUCAGAGUUACCUGCCAAAAGGAAAACCCUUGCACAACUCUGAGAUAAAUUGCAAGUAGAAUGCCAACUGAAAAGAAACAAGCUAGUAGCUCUAAAAUUGAUAUUGAUUUUGCAAAGGUAGAAUCUCAUGAAGGGAGAGUUAUACAGUAAUGUAAUUGCAGUGGUCAACAUUUAUUUACAAAACUGGAAGCAUUACAAGAAUGUAGUGUUUGUUUGUGUUCGACCAGAAAUGACAAACAUUAGUCCACUCCAUCUAACAAUACUACUGGCCUCAUGUUGAACUCCAAACCAAGAGCAUUCCCCGGAGGGCAUUAUUAGAAUAUGUUGACCAUACCAUGAAUCAACUACUACAAAUAUGUUAUUGACAGGUGGGCCUUGCACUUUCCACGCAGACACAUCAAUCAUUAAUUGUAAACAACCGUAAGGAAAUUUGAGAGGAUACAGAUUAAAAGGAUCUAUACAUUUGAACUAAUGAAUCCUGGUAUUAUCAGUCUACAAUUACUUCACAGCAGAUUGAGUGUAAAUCAGUCAACACAUACUACAGAGGAAGAUUGAUUACAAAUUAUGCAUUUUCUACCUCAAAAUAUAGGGAGUAUAACAGUAAAAUAAAUAAGUAAUUAAUAUGCAUUGAUCAUUUAAGUGCAUUCUGAAUAACACAUACACCUAUAAAAUAAUAUGAAAACCAUGAUUAUAUAUUAAAAGUCUUUGAAUUAGUCUAAUAAAACAAAAUUAUGCAAACCAGCCAUCCAUUUCAUACAAAAUACAGAGGAUGAACAAAGAUCUGCUGCAGCACAAAUCAACAUAGAACACGGAAAAUAGAUAAAAUCAAUAAAAUCACUUCAACCAAAAUAAUAUAGUGGUUUCAAGCUUAAAAUGUUGUGAACUUUGCGUGAGUUUGUGUGAGCAUGUGCCUGGGUGUGCAUGUGCGUGCUUGCAUGUGAUUUUGUGUGUGGCUGUGGUAUCAGACAUCCAUUCCAGACGCAUUCAUUUAAAAUAAUUGUAUGGUAAACAAGUUAUAGUGAUUUGGCAGAAGUUAAACUGAUCACAGGAACUGAAACAGUAAAACAAUAGAUGGGUCGUUCCACAAAAUGAGUGCCUUUUGCGUCCAUUUGAUAUUUUAAGAAUAGAUGAUGCACAAAUAUUUCAUUUUAAAAGCCAGUUAUAUUCAAUGAAGUGCCCUUUAAUAUAGACCACACAGAUAAUUCAAUAAAUCAGAUGAGUAAAGACUCUAAACAUCUCUCCGUGUACCCUCUGUGACCUCUAGGAAGAUUAACCCACUUAACCCCAACACUUCUCCAAGUUUUCACAAUCAUUGUAAAGCCCUAGCUAUUUAGUUGCUUUGACAGUCAUUUCUGAAGAUAAUUUAUUUAAUGU